UUAUUUAAUUCACUAGUACAAAAGAUUACUUUGUUUUGGCGAUUAAAACCUUAUGAUUGUCCCUCCAUGGUGAAUCAUCCCUGAGAUGACUGAUUUUUUUGAAUGGGGUCAAAAUGGAUAUGGGAGCAUGCUGUAAUAAUACCGAGGAAAAGGUGCACAUUUCCCAUGACGAUGUGAAGUCAGAAAAGAAACUAGACUUGUUUGAACAAUUUAUGGAUGAAAGAGGAGUUAUAAUCAAGGAUGAAGGAAGUGGCCAAAUUGGUUUAGAUACAGAAGCCUCUUUUGAAUGUCACAGAUGUUGCUUGGAAUAUAUUCCUCCAAGUGAAGAAAAUUGUCUUUAUACAUGCAUAGAAUGCAAUAAUGCUUCCAGUCUGAAAGAUAAGAAAGAAAAUUUAGAAUCUCCUGAUUUGGAUACACACACAAAUCAGAAGUGUCAUUGGUGUGAUUCUGAAAAAAAAUGUGUGUUACAUUUCAAUUCUGUUUAUUCGAAAAUAAGAAAUCACGAGUGUCAACUAAGUGAAUAUGUUGAAAGUAGAAAAGAGACCUUUCAAAGGCAUAUCGCCCUUGUUCAUACAAACCAAUGUCACUUAUGUGAAUAUACUGCAAAUGAGAAGAGUGAACUCAAUGUACAUCUAAGAUCUAUUCAUUCGAAAGUCAAGAAACACAAGUGUUCCUUAUGUGAAUAUGCUACACCUCGAAAAAAAAUCCUUGAAAUUCAUAUGAAAUCUGUCCAUUUGAAAAUAAAGGAUCACAAGUGUCAUCUAUGUGAGUACACUACAAGUCAAAAAAAGUACCUCGAAGCUCAUGUGAAAUCUGUUCAUUUGAAGAUUAAGAAAUUCAAGUGUUCCAUAUGUGAAUAUGCUGCGACUCAAAAAAGACAUCUCGAUGUUCAUACGAGAUCUAUUCAUUUGAAUACCAAGAAAUAUAAUUGUUCCUUUUGUGAUUAUGGUGCAAGUCAAAAAAUACACCUGGAAGUUCAUGUGAAAUCCGUUCAUUUGAAUAUCAAGGAACACAACUGUUCCUUAUGUGAUUAUGCUGCGAAAUAUAAACAUCAACUCAAACUUCAUAUGACAUCUGUUCAUUUAAAAAUUAAGGAACAUAAGUGUGACCUAUGUGAAUAUGCUUCCAGUCGAAAACAUCAACUCGAUGUUCAUGUGAAAUCUGUUCAUUUAAAAAUUAGGGAUCACAGGUGUCAUCUAUGUGACUAUGAAUCAAGUGAAAAAAGUGCACUUCAAAAGCAUAUCAGCAGUGUUCAUCUGAAUAUCAAGAAACACAAGUGUUCCUUAUGUACAGCCUAGACUCUUCAGCCCUAGGAAUCAUCCAACAAUACUUUGACCCAGGAAGCGAAAAAGAAGAGGAUAUUGGGUACAUAGCAUAUUUCCUGAGCCCCUGUGUAAAAAAACGAACAAAAUCGAUCAGCGUCUGAAAAGUGAAGUUUUUGAACAGCUAAAAGGAUAAAACACAUAAUAUGGAACAUACAGAAUUGCUUGAUAAGUUAAAAGUUAUUCUACGUUCUGCUCCUAGUGACGUACAAGAAGAUGAGGUUCAAUCUGUAGCUCAAAUUCUGAAAGAGUCAAAACUUACUUCACUCCAUCUCGCCGACAGUAAUAUAGGAUGUAACGGCCUAAAAUUUCUGACACAAGUUUUGAAACACACCCAAAUUCAUACACUCGAUCUUAAACAGAACAACUUAAGGGAUGAAAGUGUAAGAUAUCUGGCGGAAUCUCUAAAAGACACCCAAAUAAAACAUCUCGAUCUGAGCGGAAACAGAGUUGGAAUCGACACAGCCAAAUGCCUGAAUGAGAUCCUGAGUAAAACUAAAUUGAAGAGCCUCGACCUCGAUGUACAUUGCCGAGAAGCUCCCGACGAUUAUAAUUAUAUCUCUCACGAAUUGUUUCGGGGUAGGGUUCACAUCACUCUCCUCAACAAUAAAAUCGGCUUCAAGACUGCUCAAUAUCUGAAUAAAAUGUUUCCGAGUAUUUCUGAACUGACGCUUGGUCUGAUCUUCGAAGCCGAUGAUGUUCAAUAUUUGGCUCAAGCUUUCAAAGGUACCAAGAUUGGCAUGCUGAGGUUGUAUUGCAAUCACAUAAUGCAAGAUAACGGUGUUGAAUAUGCAAUUGGAGCGUUCAAAGAUAGUCAAAUCUUCACUUUGAAUCUGAAUGGGGAGAAACUACCUUUAGAAGGAGUUCAACGUUUGGCUGAAUUUUUAAGACGGGUUAAAGUUUUGGAUCUUCGACUUUGUAAUAAUCAAAUGGGAGACGAAGGUUUGAAACAUUUAGUACCAGCCCUGAAAGAUAGUGAUAUUAUGUAUAUUCAUCUCCCGGGGAAUGAUAUCAAAGCCGAAGGAGCUCAGUAUUUAUCUGGAAUCUUACGAGAUUCCAAGAUUGUUUAUAUAAAUUUGUCCCAUAAUACUAUUGGAGCCGAUGGUGCUAAAUAUCUAGCAGAAGGUUUGCCGGAUAGCCAAGUUACUUCUCUCGAUCUUACUGGAAAUGGAAUCGGAUAUGUGGGAUAUCAAUAUCUUGGCGAUGUUGUCGAUGAUACCAACAUAUCUUGGGUUAAUUUACAUCGCAAUAAUAUCGAAGCAGGAUUAGCAGAAGGAGAAAAGUUUGAUCCCAAUAAAAUACCGAGAAUUAGCAAGCCCGUUCAUCGCAAAAUAUGCAAUAUGUUUGAAUUAUUAGUGUCACUGAAUCCUCUGACUAAUAAGUUCGAAUUUAUUGCACCUAGAAAUAUGAAAUCCUUCUCUAUUUUUGAGAUGGAGCUUUACGCCUUCUUUUUUAGAAGUUUAAAAGAUAAUCCGAAUUGUGAGGUACAUAUUUUCGACUUGAUGUGUAAAGCCGAAAAUGGUUUUAAAUUGGAUAUAAUGAACAAAAUUAAUGAGUUUUUAGAAACUAGGCAACACAAAUUCAAUACUUUCUUUGAUAGUAAAUUACCGUGUUUAUUAGAAUCGUUGGGUAGGGUUAACGGUGCAAAUAUUGUGAGGUCGUUCGAAAAUUUAGAACUGUCUGAUAUUGUACAAAAUCUAUUGUUACAUAGGGUAUUUUACUAUGUAGAUGAAAAACAGGAAAUUUUACAUCCGUAUAUUUACAAGUUGUUAGAUAAAUAUAAUAUGCCUUUAUUUAGUGAUCGACUUGAGCCGAACAAAAGAGCAGAUAUAAUUGCUUUCUUUCAAGAAUAUCCAGAAAUGGACUGUGCACAAGAAAUUGUAGAUUUGUUAGGAUCACAAUCCUAUUUAUAAAAAAAAGUUUUAGGUGAUUGUUUCUUUUGAAUUCAGUAUCUAUGUUUGUCUUGUUUAUUUUAUUAUAUAUUUUUUUAUUGUAUGAUUAAAAUAAAAU